AUGGAAAAUGCUGGCUUCGAGCCAUCACUAGGAGGAGCUGAGGGAGCUGAGCUACCGCUUCCAGCUGGUGCACUAGCGAAAUUGAUGGUAAGAAAGACAUUGAUUAGAUUUCAAAUGGAACUCUAUCAGAUUUGUUCAGAGACUCUCGAGACAAUUCAUUGGCAAUACUUACGUAGGUUUGCUGAUGUGCCGGUAGAAACAGGAGUGGCAGGAACAGUAGUAUUCGAACCAGGCGGGGUUGUGCCAUCAUUUGCAACCACCGAAAAAACUCCACUCGUCUUGGUGUUUGCAGUACCAGCCUCGGUCAAUGUGAAGAAGUACUUGCCCGCAUUGACAUCGACAGUCCAUGGGAAUGCGUUUGGUGUCAAAUUGACGGCCGCGCUGAUGAGCUUGGGAGUAUUUGAAGCACUGUCUAAGUUUACGAACUAUCCAUUUGUCAAUAAUGCAUACCUGCUGAUACAAAAACUGCAAGGACUACAAGUAUUAGUAGAGCCGCUAUAUUCUUGGACGAGCGCAUCGUUGUUUGAGGAAGCUGAAGUGUAA